AUGCAGCAGAUAGUUACUACUGGUAGACUGAUUUCCCGUGCUCUAUGGAAUGGCUUCACUAAUUUGGCACCUUCAAAUUCUGAACACGUAAAUAAGAAACGUGAGCCUUCAUUCCUUUAUGCCGUAUGUGGUUUUCCUAAAGAAUCUUCACGUAAACAUCCUCCGGUUAAAGGAAAAUUUGGAGAUGAUGCUUGGUUUUCUGCUAAAGGAAAAGCAAUUGAUGUACUAGGUGUAGCUGAUGGUGUUGGCGGUUGGCGCCACUAUGGCAUUGAUCCAGGCGAAUUUUCAAGUUUUCUCAUGACAACAUGUGAGAGACUUGUAUCUUUGGGAAAAGUUAAGCCAAAUGAACCAAAUAAAUUAUUAGCUCAAAGUUAUUACGAGUUACUUGAAAAUAAACAACCAAUUUUAGGAAGUAGUACAGCGUGUGUAGUGGUGCUAAACAAAGUGACCUCCAGUAUAUAUACAGCCAAUAUCGGCGAUAGCGGUUUUAUGGUAGUACGUGGCGGACACGUUGUCCAUCGUUCUGAAGAACAACAACACUAUUUUAAUACUCCCUAUCAAUUAUCAGUUCCACCUCCUGCUCACAAUGGUCAAGUAUUAAGUGACAGCCCAGACUCGGCUGAUACUUCAGAUUUUGCUGUUGAGAAUGGAGAUGUCAUUCUUUUAGCCACCGACGGAGUUUUUGAUAAUGUUCCUGACCAUUUGUUAUUAAAAGAAUUAAGCCAAGUUGAAGGCGUUUGUGAUCCUACAAAACUGCAAUGUGCUGCUAACACAAUUGCAUGGAUGGCUAGAAUAUUAGCCUUUGAUAGGUCUUUCUUAUCACCAUUUGCACUUUCUGCUCAAGCUAACGGAAUCAAUACUGUCGGUGGAAAACCUGAUGACAUCACUGUGCUUCUAGCAACCAUUGCCAUGUGA